GUGUGUUCUUGCGUGAGUGUGUGUGUGUGUCUCGUGGCUCGCCAGUUUACACACGCGCUCAUUCACGUUUCCUGUGGCUUUUUUCAGUCCUGAAAUAAAAAAAAGCGUCGGUUGAGGCGUUUACCUGUGCAGGUGUCGCUCCGUGGGAGGAAACGUUAAUAAUAAUCACGACGAGGAAUGGCUGCUGAAGUGAAUGGCAGCUCUGCUCCUGCAAAAGAAGAAGAGGAGCCUAUGGACGUCUCUGCUGCACACACAGAGAACUACCAGACUCUCAUUGAUGCCGGGCUUCCCCAGAAAGUAGCAGAGAGCUUGGACAACAUCUUCCAAACUGGUUUGGUGGCCUAUGCUGACCUUGAUGAAAGGGCGAUUGAUGCCUUGCGUGAGUUUAAUGAAGAGGGAGCUCUGUCUGUCCUGCAGCAGUUUAAAGAGAGCGACUUGUCUCAUGUCCAGAAUAAGAGCGCUUUCUUGUGUGGGGUCAUGAAGACCUACAGACAGAGAGAAAAGCAAGGCAGCAAAAUACAGGAAUCCACAAAAGGUCCUGAUGAGUCAAAGAUUAAGGCUUUACUUGAGAGGACAGGAUACACCUUGGAUGUCACUACAGGCCAGAGGAAAUAUGGUGGCCCACCCCCAGAGUCAGUCUUCUCAGGCACACAGCCGGGUAUUGGCACAGAGGUGUUUGUGGGAAAAAUUCCACGGGACCUGUAUGAAGACGAACUGGUUCCAUUGUUCGAGAAGGCCGGGCCAAUAUGGGAUCUAAGGUUAAUGAUGGACCCUCUGUCCGGGCAGAACCGUGGCUACGCGUUCAUCACCUUCUGUAGCAAAGAUGCUGCACAGGAGGCUGUCAAGCUGUGUGACAAUUAUGAGAUUAGGCCAGGGAAGUAUUUGGGAGUCUGCAUCUCGGUGGCUAACAACCGACUGUUUGUGGGCUCCAUUCCAAAGAACAAGACCCGGGAGAGCAUCCUGGAGGACUUUGGCAAAGUGACGGAGGGUCUACAGGAAGUGAUUCUGUACACGCAAGCUGAUGACAAGAAGAAGAACCGAGGUUUCUGUUUUCUCGAAUAUGAGGAUCACAAGUCAGCAGCGCAGGCCCGCCGCCGCCUCAUGAGCGGCAAAAUUAAGGUGUGGGGCAACCCCGUGACUGUGGAGUGGGCCGACCCAGUCGCCGAACCUGACCCUGAGGUCAUGGCCAAGGUGAAGGUGCUGUUUGUUCGUAAGCUAGCCACUUCUGUCACAGAGGAGCUGCUGGAGAAGACAUUCUCGCAGUUUGGGAAACUGGAACGUGUUAAGAAACUGAAGGACUAUGCCUUUGUUCACUUUGAGGAGCGUGAUGCCGCUGUUAAGGCCAUGGAAGAGAUGAAUGGGAAAGAGCUCGGAGGAGAGGAGAUCGAGAUUGUCCUGGCUAAGCCUCCAGAUAAGAAGAAGAAAGAACGGCAAGCUGCCCGACAGACCAGCAGAAACACAGGGUAUGACGAUUACUACUACUACCCACCACCACGCAUGCCACCCCCAGGCCGUGGCCGCGGCCGAGGUGGUCGCGGCGGCUAUUCUUACCCACCUGAUUACUACAGCUAUGAAGAUUACUACGAUGACUACUACGGUUACGAUUACCAUGACUACCGUGGUGGCUACGAUGAUCCUUACUAUGGCUACGAAGAUGUGUACCCAAUAAGGGGACGUGGCAACCGUGGAAGUCGCGGCGCUCCGCCACCUCCUAGAGCACGCGGGGUCCCUCCGACCCGCGGCAGAGGCGGCUAUCCGCCGAGGGGAGGUGCUCCAAUGGGGGCGGGUCGAGGAGCACGUGGAGGAGGAAGGGGUGGCCCUUUCCAAUCGCCCAGGGGUGGACGUGGCACCAGGGGUGCCCGUGGGAACCGUGGCGGCAACGUGGGUGGAAAGAGAAAGGCGGAUGUUUUUAACCAGCCAGAUUCAAAACGACGCCAGACGACCAAUCAGCAGAACUGGGGGUCGCAGCCAAUCGCUCAGCAGCCGCUACAGCAAGGAGGCGACUAUUCCAGUAACUACUACAGCAACGACAGCCUGGAAUUCUCCCAGGAUUCCUAUGGGCAGCAGUGGAAGUAGACGAUACACACAUCUCCCUUCCGUGAAAAGAGUAUGUCAGUGACACAAUAAGGACACGCCCCAGAAUUGGCUUCACAAAUCCUGAUUGGCUGAAAGUACGUUUUGGCUGAAGACAAGAAUGUAUCCGUUCCUCCUCCUUCCCCUGAUUGGUUUGCUUUCUCUUGCUCUCUCGCUGUCUCUUGAUCUAUCUCUCUCUCUUUCUUACACUUAUACACACACAUGAAUGACUGGGACACUUUGUCUUAAAUCAUGCUCCACUUUUAUCCCUUCCAUUUGUUCUUUGUUUUAAAAGCCAGCAAUGUACAUUUUAAAGAAGACUUUUGACUUCUAAAAAAAAAAAAAAAAAAAAAAUAUGACAAAAAAAGUCUGUACGUUUAAAUCAUGAAAUGGUCUUGCAGAAAGCUCCUGUCCAAAUAUUCAUUCAACCUUCCCCCCUUCCCCAGGACAUCGAUACUGUACACCCUCUUAUUACCCCUCCCACUCUCUUUUACUCUCUCGUUCUGUGGUUUCUGGUAGUGGCGUAGGGUCUUGCUUGUAAAUAAUCGCUAUGACUAGAACUUCAUUUUCAUUUUUUUUGUCUUUUUUUUCGGAAGUGGAGAAAAGAAUCCACGGGAAGGAAAAAAAAGUUUUGUAGCUGGAAGGACCGUUAAGUGUAUGUUUAGCAUUUAUAGACGUAGUUAAAUUGUGUUUUUUAAAACCUGACAUAACUUCAGACAUUUUUUCUUCUCUUUUUUUUGGAAAUUUGCUCGUUAGGACUUUGGUUUGGCUCACCUUAAGAGCCAUGACAAGUUUGUUCUCUGAUGUUUGUAUUUAUAACUUUUAUUUUGUUUCGUUUCAAUAAAAACUCAUCCGAGCAACAAUUGGUCAAGUAA